AUGCGUUCUCCGGAAGUGCUCCGACUGUGAGCGUCCGCCCGGCCAGGACCCUCAGCUCCACCUCCAAGGGGUUUGCACUCUGAGCCUCUCGUGGUCCUGAUGAACCAUUUCGCGUUCCUCAAGUGUAUGACACUCAGAACUUCAGCGGCGGGCGGCUUCGGCACUUUGGGACCGGCCAGCAGUGUGCAGAGUUCGAAGUCCUGAGAGACAAGAGAUCGAAAUGGCUUCCAGAGGAAAGACAGAGACAAGCAAAUUAAAGCAGAAUCUAGAAGAACAGUUGGAUAGACUGAUGCAGCAGUUGCAAGAUCUGGAGGAGUGCAGAGGGGAGCUCGAUACAGACGAAUAUGAAGAAACCAAAAAGGAAACUCUGGAGCAGCUAAGUGAAUUUAAUGAUUCCCUGAAGAAAAUCAUGUCUGGAAAUAUGACUCUGGUCGAUGAGCUAAGUGGAAUGCAGCUGGCUAUCCAGGCAGCUAUCAGCCAGGCCUUUAAAACCCCAGAGGUCAUCAGGUUAUUUGCAAAGAAACAACCAGGUCAGCUUCGGACAAGGUUAGCAGAGAUGGACAGAGAUCUCAUGGUAGGGAAGCUGGACAGAGGCCUGUACACGCAACAGAAAGUGGAGAUACUAACAGCUCUCAGGAAACUUGGCGAGAAGCUGACUGCAGAUGAUGAGGCCUUCCUGUCAACAAAUGCAGGUGCUAUACUCAGCCAGUUUGAGAAAGUCUCCACAGACCUUGGCUCCGGAGACAAAGUUCUUGCAUUGGCAAGUUUCGAAGUUGAAAAAACAAAGAAAUGACAUGGUGUGGAGGCUUGGGACAUUGAUCACAUUCUUGCUGUAAAUGGCAUUUGUCUUCUAGGGGUUUUGAAUCAUUGCAAAGAAAUCAAGAGAUUCUUGAAAUGCACUGAUAACCUAAGAAAAGGUGACAGGAAAACAUGCUUGUGGCUUCUGGUUAUACCCUUCAUCAUUGUGCUUUGUGUAGGGCCACCUGCCUCAGUCAUCCCAGACUUGUUGGGAUGAGGGACCCGUUGGACCUUAUUCAUAUGUCUUAUGUGUUUUUUUAGAGAGAACAGAAAACAGUUUCUCUGCCUGUUUUUAUUAAGCUUCCUUGUUUUUAAGUGCUGACAGUAAAUGAAAAGAUGUGAACUAAGGAUUAUUUUUGCUCAUAAUUUAUCCCCACUUAUUGGAGUGAAUAGUGUACCAAAAUUAAUCGACCUCAUGUGUGUUCAUAGAAUUUGAGUUCUAAGCGAUCUUAGUAAUCCUUUUCAUUUUAUAAACAAGAAAGCUGAGGCUCAGAAAGAGCAAGUUGACUUGCUUCAAGUCUCAUCCGAAAACAGAGCUGGUGAUAAGACUUGGGUGUUCUGACUCUCAGCUUUGUGGCCAUUGAGUUUUAUUUCUGUAUUUUGUGCUGUUUUUAAAAACGAAUUAACGCAUACUUGGGCAAGUCUGUGUUUAUGAAAAAUUCAAUGUCUCAACAGAAAGUUGUCACUAAGGGACCUUUCCCCAGCCUGUGAGGCCUCCUUAUGAAUGGGGCCCAUUGUAUCUCUGAGUUUCGAGCUUGGAACAAUGGGAGCCCUGUUGAGAGUCUCCUGGAGUAACUUAACCUCCUGCCCGUUGUUUCACCAGCGAAGCAAUUGAGAGUGGCAGCUAGAGGCCCUCCGUGUGUGUGACCUCUGCUGAAACCCAGAAGGUGGUGACUGUCAACUGUUACUUAGUACUCUUGAGUUUGCGGAGAAACACAAAAUAAGUUACGAGGAAAAGCAUACUCUUGAGUUUAUGUUUCUCUGCAUGCUCAAAUACGGAGAUCUCCCAUGCACGUGUAUGUUAGCUUAGAGUCUAGCCUCUGGCCACUUUAUAUUUUUUCAUGUAUUUCUCAGUUUUCUUUUUCUUUGCACUUUAUACAAAUUUAAAACAUUUUUAAAGCUUCUUGUAUACUGUAAACUCUACUAGGUGCUCUGCCAACUGGACAAAUUAGGGACCUCAGCUUCAUUAAUGCCUUAUUUGGAACUUUUAAUGGGUAACUUUUUAUAUAUGGGUUUACGCCAGUCAAAAACUCCUUGAAAUUGUGACAAACCAAGAAGAAGCAAAUGACCUGCUAUUCAUCUAGGACAUUAUGGUCAAUCAUCAUUUCAUUAUCAUUCGGCAUUUGUUUGUUUGUUUGUUUUAUUAAGUAAUCGCUACACCCAAUGUGGAGCUUGAACUCAUGGUCUGGAGAUCAAGAGUCACACACUCCACUGACUGAGCCUUCCAGGCACCCCAUUCUACAAUUUUUUUUUCAAUCAAGGUGACAUUCACAUAACGUAAAAUUCAUCAUUUUAAAGUGUACAAUUCAGGGUGUUUAAUACAGUCACAAUGUUGUGCAACUAUUACCAUCUCAUUCCAAAACAUUUUCACCGCCCCAGAGGAGACCCCAUGCCCUCCUCUUUAUCCUAGCCCUCCAGCAACCACUAAUCUGCUUUCUGUCUCUGUCACUGGGUUUACCUAUUCUGGUAUUUCGUAGCAAGGGCAUCCUACAGAAUGGGACCUUUUGUGUCUGGCUUCUUUCACUUAGUGUCGUACUUUCAAGGUCAAUCUAAGUUGUAGCACAUACAGCACUAAAUACCUUUUAAUGGCUGACAGUACUUCCUUGCAUGGAUACCACACUGUGCUUAUCCAUUUAUCUCUCGAACAUUGUUUUUUUCCCACUUUUUGGCUAUUGCAGAUAGUACUGCUAUGAACAUUUGUGUAAUUCUGUUUAAAUACCUGUUUUCAGCUCUUUCGGGUAUUUACCUAGGAAUGGAAUUGCUGUCUGUAUGUGUAUUUGAGGGGAUUUCUUUGUUUUGUUUUUUUAAGCCAUAACAUGAUUCCCCCUUUCCCUCCAGUAGUAGGAUAAGGAAAAUUGGGAAUAUUUGGUAUUUGAAAAGGGCCUAGAUGAAUCCGGAGUCCUUAAUUUUGGUUUCUCUUACAGUUUCUCUAAGACUAACAUCAGUGAAAUGUUUUAUCAUUAAUCACAUUAGUGUAUUCAUUUUGUAAGUAAUGACUAGUACUCAACUUAAAAUUACUCUUCCUUUAAAAGUUGCAAAGUUAAAAAAAAGUCGCCAAGUUUGCAGUGCCUCGCAAGACACUGUCCUUCCUGGCCACGCGACGUUUGGUAGGUCACUUAAUCUUUCCGAGCCUCAUUUUCCUCUUCUGUUCCAUGGGGAUGAGUGGGUAGGACCUACGUACCACAUAGGAUUACCGUGGAUUCCCCUCUAAUCUACUGUUUAACAGUUCUUUCAAGGGCCAUAUGAUACGUUUUGUUCCACAAAUUUGGUAUAAUUCAGAAAAAUAAAAUGAAUAAUUUGAAAAUUCUGUAUAAUUAUAGUUAUUAAAUGAUUUGCAAACCAUGUUUCCUGUUCAUAUUUUACUAUGUUUAAUUUCCUGUUUUUUUCAACUUCUUGGGAGGUUUCAGACUGCAAUAACUAAUGGUGCGGCAGCUCAGUUUUGCUAUCCUUAGGUCAAGCUAAUAUUUUAAUGAAAAGAAUACCUGCAUUUUUCAAAGAACUGGGGUUGAAGCAAAAGUAAAUUCCCAUGAGCAAGUGUACAACUGGGCUGUUUAAUAAAAGUUAAUAAAUUAAAACAAUUUCUAGGGG